AUUCUUAGAAUCCGUGGAUCUGGCAGACUGUGAGCAUACGGAAAGCAUGUCUUCAGUGGAAUUAGACGGCACUUUUAACAACAUUACAGAUCUUGAAUCACACUUACAGAGAUGUCAGCAGUUAUCAGUUACAGUAUUAACAGAUCAUCAGGAUUUGAAUAACACAGAACUGAAAACCAUUCUGAACAGCACAGCUCCUCAACAGUAUCGCAUUAGAGCAAAGCUGAGAACUUAUAAACCCCAGAAGCUCUAUCAGUCUAUUAAACUUCAUUGUUCCAAAUGCAACUCUUUGCAAGAAGUUCCAGAUGGAGAUGACUUUGACUUUAUUUUACAAGGCUCUGGCAUUACUGCCCCAAACCCAGAAUUACACAAUACAUCCUGGUAUGAUUCUGUAAUGUGGACUAUACAAGACCAGAAACAAAGGAAAAUAGCUAUCCAUUUUGUAAAGCAUGAUGAAAUGCUUCAACAGCCUGAAGAUACUUUGCUUAUGAUAGAAGGUGGAACACUAAAAGAAGUCUGGAAGCUUACAAAAAGAUUUAAAUGCAUUAUUCCUGUGAGAUCCACAGAAGAUGAUCUUGAAUUAUUAGAUCUUUCAGCUCCUUUUCUUUUACAAGGGAACAUAAAAUAUUAUGGGUGCAAGCAGUGUUCAACUCCAAAGCCCAUCAAGAGUCUAAGUUCCAUUGCAGCAGAACAACAACCAUCAUGGGAACCAACUGAAAUAGCACAAGUUUUAGGUAUUGAGCCGCUCCAGUAUGUUUUUAUUAUGAAGUUUACACUGGUUGAUGGAACAGGAGCACUAAAUGCAUACCUUUUUGAUUAUGAAAAGUUUUUCCAAAUUCCUGCCUCUGAAAUCUUAACUAAUAAUUUUCUUCAGCAAAAGAUGCAGAUGACCAUGAAUACGCUCUGUCCUCCAGGAAGAAAAUUAGAUGACUUGCCAUGGCUGGAAUGCUUCAUCAAGUCCUAUAAUGUCAGAGAUGCGAUGAAACGUCAAGUUUAUUACCAAAUUUUUGAUACUACAGUUGCUGAAGAUGUUGUAUACUGA